AUGCGUAAUCCAGAUGCCAAGGACAUCCUCGCUUCCCAAAUCCUUGUCCUCGUCGCGAUAGCCCUCGUCGCAGCCCGCCUCAACCUCCGUCUCCGGAUACAAAAGCGAAAGCUCCUUCUCAGUGAUAAGUUCAUGGUCGCGGCAUGUAUAUCAGGCGUCAUUGCUGGUGCUUUCGGACCCGCGUUUGCAGCUCUUGGUGCGUUUGAGCCCAGCGUGCACUCAACCCUGGAAGGAUAUAGCGGUGGGACUACCAAUCUCAGGCUGGUGUUGAAGUUGCUCUUUGCUUCCAAUUUCCCAUUUUACACGACGCUUUACCUAUGCAAGGCGGCUCUCUUGUCGGUCUACUUACAGGCCUUCCCCGACUUUAUGGUCAAGCGACGGAUAUUCCUCUGGAUCACGAUAUGGACGACGAUCGCCAGCUAUUUUAUCACCAUUCUCCUCAUCUUCUGCAUCUGUAUACCCCUCGACAGACACUGGCAAGGACUUGAGAAUCUACAGAACCUGUUUGCCUUGGACCUAUGCGGUUACAUUCAAUUUUUCAUUCUUCCCUGGCUUAUUGUGCCAGCACUGAAUGUCAAGCGAUCACUCAGAAUUGGUAUUUACUUUACGUUUUUACUUGGAACUGUCAAUAUUGCAGUCAGCCUCGGUCGCUUCCUCACAAUCUUCAACGCAGGCGCCGACUCUACCAUAUCACUUGCUGAAAUUAGUACUACUCCCUUUCCUCUGGGGCAGAUUAGAUGUUAA